AACGACGUCGUAUAAGGAAAAUUUUGAAGAAAGAAAGACCAAUCUACAAUUACUCUCACCUGUCACCAUUGUCAAACUCACAAUUUUCUCCAAUCUUCAACAAUGGCUGCUACUUCCCACUCUCUCUCCAGAAUACACCUUCUAUCACCUGCAUCUUGUCCUCAGCUCAAAACACCCACAAACUCAUACAAUUCCAUUUCAUUUCCCUUAUUUUCUCUCUCCUCAAAACCUUCACAAAAUCCAUUUUUAGGCACACUAACUCUUUCUCUCCUACACCCUUCUUCAACAAUAAUCCAUUUAUCCUCAAUACCAACCAAACAACGCCCUAUUUCUGCUGCUGUCUCCUUAGGCCUUCCAACUGCGAGUCCAGAGAGGAUAAAGGGUGAUAAAGUUCCACAGUGGUCAUGUACGGGUAUAAAGGCGUAUGCAAUGGGUGAAUUAGAAGCUAGGAAGCUGAAAUACCCUACAACUGGGACUGAAGCCCUUCUUAUGGGUAUACUUAUAGAAGGAACUAGUCCUGCUUCAAGGUUUUUGAGGGAAAAUGGAAUCACUCUCACCAAGGUCAAAGUGGAAAGUAUAAAAUUACUUGGAAAAGGAGACUUGUACUUCUUCAGCCCAGAGCAUCCCCCUUUAACUGAAUCCGCCCAGAAAGCACUUGAUUGGGCUGCGGAUGAGAAGCUGAAAUCUGGUGAUGAAGGAGAAAUUACUACAACUGAUUUGCUUCUUGGCAUAUGGUCCGAAGACGAAUCACCUGGUCACAAAAUAUUGGCUGCCCUGGGCUUCGACGAUGAGAAAGCCAAAAAGCUUAAAUCUUUAGGUUCUUAACCUGGUUUUGAUAAAGGGUAAAAAGUUGUUCAUUUUUUGUUUUCCGAUAUUGCUAACAAUGUAAUUCUUUGAUCAUAGAAAUGCAUGUCAAUGGUGACCAAUCUCGUAAACGUGCUUAACUACCAUUCCCCUGAUGUUUUUCAGCAGGGAAAAUCAUGAUUUUCAUCUUAUUCAGAAAAUUAUGAAACUUAAAUUCAAAUUAUAAAUGUUAAUUUUUAUUGGUAUCGUA